CCUCGCCUGAUAUUCCCUUGACCCUCGAUUCUUCCAACUUCCGCACACGCUUCGUCAUCGUCCUCCCUCCGAUCAUCUCGUCGAAAUAAUCUCCGAUCAAAUCCAGAAGUCCUGAGAAUUUUCCGGUCACCGAUCAGCUAUGCAGCAAGGAGAUCACAGUUCCUAUUAUCAUCAAUAUGCUCAAUUCCAAAACCCUAAUCCGAAUCCGAAUCCGAAUCUGAACCCGAACCCGAACCCGACGCCAGCUACGGUGGAUCCCUCCAGGAGCUCGUACGCGUCGGCGCCUCCAUUCACCGGCGGCUACGGCGGAGAAUACUCGCCGUUCACCCAGAAUUAUCAGUCGUACACGCAGAAUUCCGAUCAUGUUCUUCCUUCAGCCCCUUCAUUCACUCCCGCGGCACAACCGCCUCCUCCGCCACCUCCUCCAUCGACGUCGGUAAACCCUAAUUCUUAUACCUCUUCCUUCAAUCAGUCGCCUCCGGCUCCUGCACCGGUGUCUUUGUACGGAUCCUUCGAGUCGUCUCCGCCAUAUCAGCAAUCUACCGGGCACUCGCCAUAUUUUCCGGCGUAUGAUCAGCAUCAGAAUAUCUCCGGAUACGUUCCUCCUCCUUCUCCGCCGUCAGCUGUUGCGCCAAACUCUAACCCUAUCUCUGGUCCGCCUUACGCAUCGUCGUUGUACUCGGCACCUCCAUAUAGUGCCGCAGGAGCUUCCGUUUCUCCUUCCUAUGAGAGUCCGUACGAUAAUCCAGUGAAAUUUGACCAACCUGCCUAUGGAGGUUUCGGCAGGAGUAGAUCAGAUUUGAGCUCCGAUCUAUACGGGAAACGAUCCGACAGCGGAGGAUAUGCUGGAUAUGAAGAUUCCUAUGGCGAUGGCGUCUAUGCUUAUGAAGGGGGCAAAGUAGAGCCCUAUGGAGCUCGUGGAACAGCGCCGAAGUCAUCCAACUCGACCUUGUUCGAUGAUUAUGGACGAUCCAUUAGCUUCUCUUCGAGCAGGAACUCCUCGGCGAACUCGGGUUUGGGCAAGAUCGUGAGGGCUGUUCCAAAAGCGGAUACGCAGGAGGAUGUUAAGAGCGGGGUGCAGAAAUUCCGCGUCAAGUUGUUGGCUGAAACCUAUGGACAAACCACCAUGGAUGUGCUUUGCCAGGUUGGUUUGGAUGGGAUCCGAAUGCUUGAUCCAAGUACUAGCCGAACACUGAGAAUAUAUCCUCUUGAGAACGUUACAAGAUGCGAAAAAUUAGAUUCUUCUAUUCUGGCUUUCUGGUCCAAGAGCCCAGUGGACAUCGAACCUAGGCGUAUCAGAUUGCAAUCGAAUAGUUACACUACCAACACCCUUCUGGACACUGUGACAGCUGCAAUGUUUCAGGCAAAGGAGAUUGGGGGAAGCAGCAGUAGGCCUCCUGCCUCGGUGAAACCAACUGAGCAGGCUGCUGAGAAGAAAAAAGGAUUUGCUGAUUGGAUGAACAUAAUCAAGCCUGUAAAUGAGGAAAAGGAACACUGGGUCCCUGAUGAAGCUGUUUCAAAGUGUACAUCAUGUGGUACAGAUUUUGGUGCAUUUGUGCGAAGGCAUCACUGUAGGAACUGCGGGGACAUCUUCUGUGACAAGUGCACUCAGGGCAGGAUUGCCCUCACUGCUGAGGAGAAUGCUCCCCAAGUCCGUGUCUGUGACCGGUGCAUGGCUGAAGUGUCAGAAAGGCUGAGUAAUACCAAGGAAGCUGCUAACAGAUAUGUUGGCCCACAGAGCCAUGAAGACCUUGCCAGGAAGCUUCAGGGCGAAAUGGAGAAGAACCGCAAGUCUUCAUCUGGAUCAAGAGAUGAUGGUGGGUCUGGGAGGCGGAUGAAGGAGGUAGCGUGUCCAACUUGCACGGUGCACUUACAGGUACAGGUUCCAAUCUCAGGAUCAGAGACCAUCGAAUGCGGGGUUUGCCAAAAUCCGUUCCUCGUCAGCGCUCAUUGAUAUUCCUUAUCCGCCCUAGCACGAUGAUUCUAGUUUCCCCCGAAACGGGAUUGGCUUUGCAUACAUACACAUAUCUAUAUAUCUAUAUAUAUAUAUAUAUGCGCGUGCGUGUGAAGUGGGUUUGGUGAUUUGAGGAUGGGUAUUUGGUCAGUUGCUAUUUAUCGGAAGAACACUUCUGUUCCUGUCUCAUGCCAUGCGAGUUCUGUCCCUCCGUCUUCAAUGUUCCUUUUGUGCAUAAAAACCAUGCCGGUUUCUCAUUUUCCUUUGUUUUUUUAAAAGUGCGAAACGAACGAUUGCUCGGUUUUGUGUUCAUGAAUCUUUGGGUCUGUCCGCAUCAUUAUCUAUCAUAUACUCUCUCAGUUUGUUUGAGAUUU